GCCGGAAAGUGCAGUGCCCUGAGAACUCGGGGGAGGGGGACAAAACUACACACUUUUUCAUUUUCAGGGGGCAAAUAUUACUUUAAGGAGGAAAUCGGUUGGAUCUGCAGAGCGGUUCAGCUUCCCUGCGGAGACGCCGAGGCUGAGCAAAGUUCCUCUUUCCAGUCUCAUGAUACAUCGUAUGAUCUGUGGGGCAGGGGAGGCAGCAGGACUCGCACACUUCGGGAAGAGGGUGGGUGCCGGGGCUGAUGUGUGAUCUGCCCCAGCCACCGGUCUGACAUGAGCAAGCGAGACGGGGCCCGUCGGUAACAUGACGAUCGGCUCGGAAUCAUGGCGAACGGGACCGGGAAUAGUAUGUUAAAAUGCGUGGUGGUAGGAGAUGGGGCUGUGGGCAAAACUUGUCUGCUGAUGAGCUACGCCAACGAUGCUUUCCCCGAGGAGUACGUACCGACCGUGUUCGAUCACUAUGCAGUCAGUGUUACCGUUGGUGGACGGCAGUACCUGCUUGGGCUUUAUGACACUGCAGGACAGGAAGAUUACGAUCGGCUGAGACCGCUGUCUUAUCCCAUGACCGAUGUUUUUCUGAUCUGUUUCUCUGUGGUUAAUCCAGCGUCCUUUCAGAAUGUAAAGGAGGAAUGGGUACCAGAACUAAAAGAAUAUGCACCGAAUGUACCUUUCUUAUUAGUCGGAACACAGAUCGACCUAAGAGAUGAUCCCAAGACUCUAGCAAAACUAAACGAUGUAAAGGAAAAACCCAUUACUAUGGAAAACGGGCAGAAGUUGGCAAAAGAGAUUGGAGCGUGCUGCUACGUUGAGUGCUCUGCCCUGACCCAAAAAGGACUAAAGGCUGUUUUUGAUGAGUCUAUUAUAGCUAUUUUAACUCCAAAGAAAAACCCUAUGAAGAAAAGGAUAGGAUCGAGAUGUAUUAACUGCUGUCUGAUCACGUGAAACAUGGGCACCUUUGACCUGGUCUGCUGUGCGAAAGCAUUCGCUCUGACGUCGCACAUAAAUCUUGUACCACGGCUGCAUAAAUUAUUUAUUAAGCUGCAACACCAUGCUUUCCAAAGUGAAAACAUAAAAAAAAUUACCGUCUGGUACACACCUUUUAAAACUAGGUUUUCUCAGGGUUAUAACUUAAACAAAGUAGAAGUGUGUUGAGGUCAUGGAAUACGGACACAUCUAUCAACGUUCUUGACCUAGACCAUUGGUCAUCCACGCUCAAGUCCUUUUGCCCGGUGCGAUUGGCACGCGGUAUAUUCCUGCUUGUGAUUGCUAUCGGCUCUUGUAUGUCACCUUCUUCCUGUUCCAAUAAAUCCAUACCGGUGCCGCGUGAAGACCAA